AUGGAGAACGAACGGGAACGAAAGCAAUGUACGAACACAGCGAGAGGGGAGAACACGAAGGCUCGCAGGUGUGAUUUCGUCGAUCGACCGCGAGAAGGUUCAUCUCCGGGGUUUGUCGAUGCGAAGAAAGAAGAUGGGGAGAAGCAGCGAGGCUUCUUUCGUCCUCGUCUGGCUUUGAGAUGCGAAAGAGGGAAGGGUCCGAUGGGUCAAAGCAGGCAGCAGGUGGGGGAUUUGGUGGAUUUUGCUCGACCGAAGAAGGGGAGAUGUGCGAGAGGUGACGAUGGCUGGUCGGAAAUCGUUAGGGCAACGGUGGCAGUUCCGAUCAAUAACGGGUGGGAAGAAGCUGGAUUGAAUGGGAAAGAUGAAGCAGCAACAACAAUGGUCUUCAGGGGUGUUUGGCUGGUUAAAUCGACGGGAAGUGGUGGAUGGGACAACUGA